GGAAUGGCCUGGAUGCAGUGUCGCCAUCACGUGCUGCAACGCCUCGCAGCCCGACCGUGAACCCAUUCCAAACAGCCAUCACCAGCUCGCUGAAUCCUGUCCAUAAGCCCUCGACCUUCGGCUAGAUUGACAGUCACUCCGCCAAUAAUGUCAACCGAGCCACUUCUACCCUCUUACUCCUCCAUUCUGGAGAACGAACGAGACCGACGUCCCUACCGAUACAGGCAAGGCAGUAGAAGGGCCAACACAACCCCGCCACUUCCUCCAAUUCAACUUCUCAGCGCCCUGUUCUUUGCCGGCGCCGUGAUAGCCUCUACAUACUGGGCCUACAAGAGCUAUACAGCCCCGGACCGGGCCCCACUGGAGGCAGCUCCUUUGCUCCCUUACUUUGCAUCGUUAUCCCUGAUCCUUUCUUUCUGUUCGUGGAUCGGCUACCUAGUCUCCAUCCUCUAUGACCAGGACGACCUUUCUCUUUUCCAGCGGAAACUUGUCAUAUGGAUCUCAGUCGUUGGAAAGGUAGUGUUAGUGGUCGCACACGCAGUCAUUUGGUUCGAAUACAAACAAGUCUUCCCCGGCACAAAACAACCCAACUGGAUUAUUAUGUUUCUCGCGAUGCAAGCAUGGUGGGACUUCCUGCUGUUAAUCGGGUAUUCUAUGCUGCGAAUAAUGUAAGCGACGGCUAGGUUAGACUGUUUAAGGAUUUUUCAUGGGUAAGAGGGGAUGCAUUUGUUCUAUUGUUGUCGUGGCUGGGGACUGUUCUUUU